AUGUUUUUCCACGCCGCCCUUGCCGAACAACCCCUCACACCCGCCACGCCGCCCUUGCCGAACAAACCCCUCCCGCCCGCCUCCUCCUCUCCAUCCUCCUCCCCUCCUCCUUCAACAAACGCCCAUGGGCGGAGUCCCCCUUUAGACCCUUGUAGUAGCAGUAAUGGUAAUAGUAAUAGUAGGAGCAUCAGUAGCAGCAUUAGUAGCAGUAGCAAUAACAGUAGCAGUAGCGGUAGCAGCAGUAGCAGAAGUAGUAGUAGCAGUAUUAGGAGCAUCAUUACCAGUAGCGGUAGCAGUAGUAGUAGCAACAGUAGAAGUAGGAGCAUCACUAGUAGCAGUAGCAGCAGCAGGAAUAGUAGUAGAAGUGGGAGUAACAGCAGUAAUGGUAGUAGCAGCAGUAGUGAUAGUAGUAGAAGUGGGAGUAAUAUCAGUAAUAGUAGUAGCAGCAGUUAA